AUGGUGUUUGGAAAGGAAUUUAAUUUUCCCAUCGAGCUUGAGCAUAAGGCCUUGUGUGUGUUAAAGAGAUUGAACAUGAAUUUUGAAGAAGCCUCCGAGAAGAGAGUUACAAAACUCCACGAGUUGAAAGAUUUUGGACUCAAGGCUUAUGAGAUCUCCGCAUUGUAUAAAGAGAAAAUAAAGAAAUGGCAUGAUGCUCGAAUAUUUAGAUGCAAAUUCCAUGUCGGAGAGAGUGUACUCCUUUACAAUUCUCAUUUGAAACUUUUUGAUGGGAAGCUUCGUUCUAAAAGGUCGGGACCAUUUGUGAUUUCUAAUGUCUACCUUAGUAGUGCCAUUGAAUUGGAAGAUCAUGAAAGAAAGAAGUUUGUAGUGAAUGGUCAAAGGGUGAAGCACUGUAAUAUGGAAGAUCCUAUGGUGGCCAAGGUGGAAUUUUUUUAUUUCAAAGAUGCCACAUGGUGA